AAUUAAGGAGGAGGAACCCAGUCCAGUUUGCUGAAGCAACAAAAGCUUGCAAGAGAGCGAGAGAGAAAGAAGUAGUAUUUUUAACAGGGAAAGGAAAUCACAUAGAGAGCUGGGAAGAUCCCAUUUCCUCAGGGAACGGUCACUCAAGAAGGGUGAAGCAUGCUGCACAGGGCCAUCUUCCUCCUGUUCCUCCAUUUAGUCAUGUGCUCCAUCUCUUCUCCUCUCUAUCCAGCUCUCAGGUACAAUCCACUGCCCAUCUCCAGCAAGACGGUGAGCUUUCAGCUACAGGAUGGCAGUCCAGUGCAGAGCAACAAUCUCUCUGUGGAGGAGCAGCAGCAGGAAGAGGAGGGUUUUCUAGCCAACCCGGCUGAAAAAAGGAUGCAGCGUCAUGCUGAUGCCAUAUUCACUGACCACUACCGGAAAGUCCUGGGGCAGAUCUCUGCCCGGAAGAUCUUACAAACCAUUAUAGGCAAACGGCUGGGCGAACGCAGUCCAGAGGAAGGGGAGCAUGAAUUUUUGACCAGGCGCCAGUCUGAGAGCAUCUUGAUGGACAGCCGCUACCGCCAGCAGAUGGUAUUAAAGAAUUUCUUGGGAGCCAUAUUGCAGAAUCAAAGGCCUCAGGAUGCCAACACUGACCAUGUCGAGGACUUUACCAACACCCUGGCCAACCUCAUGAAACUGUAAAUCUCUCUCCCUUCUCCCCACCAUGCUCUGGAGUCAUUCAGAGAUCAUGGACCCAGCUGCAGAGUAAACAACCCACAGCAGCAAAGAUAAGACCCUGGACAUGAACAGCUGUAAUUCAUGCAUAUCCUUCUCAGAACCUAGAGACAUUUCAUAAAGGAAUAAGAUUGUUUUAAAAGUUACUAUGCCCAGGUUAAUUUGAAUCAGUCCUUUAAUUCCUCCCUACUUCCCCUCAGGUGUACUUGACCAAACAGAUCUCUCACUGUUAUCUGCUACUGGUCAGUACCCUGUAUAGGGCUACUCAAUCCUGUGCACACCUAGCCCAGGGCAGAGAUUUGAUUAUCUACAAUCUCAACAGAAAAUUUUUGAAUCAAGUGCUACUGAAAGAAAUCUGCUGAGUUACUGCUCUGUCUGAAAGUUUGUUUGCUCAAUAAACAUGCAGGCUACUAAAAACUACCUUUUGGUAUCCAUGUAGAUUUAGUCUAUACAUUGAUUUGACUCCUCCCCCUUAUAGAUUUACAUCCAAUGGAGAUCAGAUCAAGCAUUACAUGAUUGCACACUAAUGAACGAUUUAUUUCUUGUUUAGAAAACAUACACAAUGUAUUGGAAAUAUCACUGGCCUCAGACAUGGCUAUUUUGUCCU